AUGGAGCCAUUCUUUAGCGGCAGGUUUAGAUGGUGCCUCUUUGUCUGGGCUCUUUGUUAUGCUACAGCUCUAGCAUUCAUUCCAAUUCCCAAGCUUAGUGGGGCAAGGUCGUCCCUCAAGUCGGUUGAACCUGGGCCGAAACAAGUUGCGGUUAUUGGAGCUGGGGCAGCUGGAGCAUCUACGGCAUACAACUUGCGCAAGUAUGCAGACUUACUCGGAGUACCUGUUAAUAUCACUGUCUUUGAGCGUGCUUCCUACGUCGGUGGCCGCUCAACGACAGUCAAUGUGUUUGAUGAUCCAGCAUUCCCAAUUGAACUUGGCGCAUCCAUCUUUGUCCAAGUAAACUACAACCUCGUCAAUGCAUCCAAAGAGCUUGGUCUUGACGUCAGGGGCGCCAGCUUUGAGCGCACCGGGAACAGGGACGCCAUCGGUAUCUGGGAUGGAAAGGAGUUCGCCUACGUGAUGGAGGAUUCCUCCAGCUGGUGGAAUAUUGCGAAGCUUUUGUGGCGCUAUGGAUUGGCCCCAGUGCGUGCCCAGAACCUCAUGAAGAGCACUGUCAGCAAGUUCCUCCAACUCUAUAAAGAGCCGUUGUUUCCUUUCAAGUCUCUUACCGCUGCUGCUGCCUCGGUGGGGUUGCUGGAUGCGACGUCCACAUCUGGAGCUACGUUCCUGGAGAAGAACAAUGUAUCCCCUGACUUUUCUCGGGAACUAAUCCAGGCGAGCACGCGCGUCAACUAUGGUCAGAAUCUGCCUUUGAUUCACGGGCUUGAGUCUAUGGUCUGCCUUGCCACAGACGGUGCCGUGGCUGUGGAGGGAGGUAACUGGCGCAUCUUUGAUGGAAUGCUCAAAUCUGCGCAAGCGAACGUGCAACUCAACCACACGGUUACAGCCAUCAGCCGGAACAAGGACAACACCGUUACGCUUAACUUCAAAGAUGAGCAGAGCAUUAGACAAAAAAGAGCCGAUUUUGAUGAAGUUGUCAUUGCCGGUCCAUACCAGUACUCCGAUAUCAAGGUCUCUCCAGCACUCGAACACACCCCGGACACUAUUCCUUUCCACACUCUCUACGUAACCCUCUUCUCUUCACCACAUCGAUUAUCAGGCAAAUACUUCAACCUGAAGAACCCGUCCGAUCUUCCUCCGGAAACCAUCCUUACUACUCUCCCUGCCGGUACAGACCUCGGCAACGCUGAGGAAGGCGUCGGCCCAGCAAACUUCUGGAGUAUCAGCACCCUCCGCACCGUGGACGCUCCAUCUUCUUCAGAAGAAGAACCAGAGUCCAAGACAAAGCACUACGUCUACAAGAUCUUUUCCCCCACCCGUCCAAACGAAGCAUUCAUCCGAGACAUCCUAGGCCUCGAACAACCAAAAGUAAAGAAAGCCGGGUACAUCACUGAUCUUCCCAGCGAAGAGAUAAGCUGGUCAUACGAGAAGAUAUGGCACCCCUACCCUUUCCUGUACCCGCGCGUGACUUUUGAAGACCCGCUCCUUGCGCCGGGUGUCUGGUACACAGGCGGCAUUGAGAGUUUUAUUUCGACCAUGGAGACAAGUGCGCUUAUGGGAAAGAAUGUAGCAGCGCUGAUGUCGCAGGCUUGGUUGGAUGAGGAUGAAGAUGGGCAGGUGAGGGGGUUGGAUGAUUCUCCAAUUGUUGUCCAAGGGGAAAGUGGGGAGCUCUGA